AUGAAUAAAACUGAUAAACUUCUAGUCAAUAUGGUCAGGAAUAGCUUGAAUUCUAAACAUAUUAUUAGACAUACGAACGUUAACAAUAAUAUUCGUUCAAAUUUGUUCCAUAUCAGAAAUUUACCUGAAAAUCUUAGACAUGGUAUACAACUCUACAAAUUUGCCGUUAGAAAAGUAGAUAAUAAGCUGGCGAGCACAAAUGAAUCCUGGUUGACCGAUUAUAGACACUAUCGAGAGUUAAAUGAGAUGGAAUUCCAUGGAAGCGGGAAGUUGACAAAUUAUAUUGAUACUUAUUUGGAACGCACCAAAGAAUCCUAUGUGAGACAAAAUGAAGAUUCUACGGUGGAAUUAAAUGAGAAAUUGAAAGUACUGACUAACAAGUAUCCUUCUUUUGAUUUUUCUCAAAUUAAAAAGAAGAGAUCACAUGAAAGAACUGGUGAUGAAGUACAGUUUUAUUCUGAUUAUAAAACCAUCACCGAUAAUCAUGUCCCUAUUAUACGUACUUUGCCCGGUACCAGAAAUUUUGAUUAUCUGGCAAGAGCUAUACGAUUAAUUUCAUCAAAUCAAACUAUUCUCUUCUCAUUCGAUAUUGAGGCAUUCGAGAGAGAUAACAAUGUCGUUACAGAGAUCGGUAUUUCAAUCUAUGACCCAAGAGAAAAUCAAGUGAAUUUUACAGGUGUAAAUGUGUUAAAAAACUACCAUUUAAUAGUAUCAGAAUCUUUAUCCCUCAGAAAUAGAAGAUGGGUUUGUGAUUUGAAAGAUUGUUACCUUUUGAACGAAAGUUUUGUUAUGAAUUUAAACCAAUGUAUUGAAUUUGUACAAUCUUUAAUUAAUUAUUAUAUGAUCCCAGGAGAGAAUGAUACAUGGAAAAGAGCAUUAGUGGGCCAUAACAUUGACGGUGACAUUAAAUGGUUGCGUGAUCUUGGUGUCAAAAUGCCUCAGACUGAACUGGGGACAGAACUUUCGCAAGAUACUAAAGAUGUUAUGAUUAUGGAUACUAUGAAAUUGUAUAAAUAUUGUUAUGGAGACAAAGGUUCGAGUUUAGGUAAAUUGUUGAGAUUGUUUCAAAUCCCACACGCUUUCCUACAUAAUGCAGGUAACGACGCAUACUACACUUUAAACUUACUGCUCUACAUGACUAACAUAAACUUCCGACAACAGUUUGGUUUAGACAACUUCAAAUCAAUUAAUGAAAAGAUCAUUUACAAUCUUAACAGGAAAAACGAGCCAAAGAUUCUACCGAUGUCAUAUUCAAUCGUAAACAGAAAUACUAAUAAUUCUAAAAAAGAUUUGAUACCGCAAACCGAGUUUGGAGGUUCCAAAUGGUUCCCUAAUGCCACAUCCGCUUUUGAAAGCACACAGCAUCAAGAGUCAUAA